GGACUUUUCCUCUGGGUCUUCCUCUGGAAGUACGAUAUUUUGUCCAUAAGCUGUCGUUUUCUUCACCUUUUGGGGAAUUUUAUGCCGGACGUAUACAGGUAAAGCUUGUAAAGCGUAUUCUUACCUGAUAUGUUCAGAAAAUACUUUUAAACAGAGAAGGACUGAGGUGCAACGCGCUGUUGAACCCAUCGUUGUACACCGCCCCCCUCCCCAACUGAUCAUCUAGCGGACGACAUUUUUCCCGUCUGCUAAAGCUAAGGGAAUCUUUCACCGCUGUUUCUUCUCAGACUUACUCAAUUUGCUUCAUACGUUCUCACAACUGAUAACAUGAUGCCAGGAAAGCCUCUACAAGGCUGGUUUACUAGCGUCUGGGACAGAGUUUGUGCCAAAGUGAACAAGGCGGUGGUUUUCUUGGACGGACCCUCGGCUGAAGUCUUACACUGGAGCGGAGGCGCUGCCAGGCUUUUCAAGGCUGGUGCCGUCAACGUGAAGGAGUUCUCUUCUUUUGAGUCUGCCAAAGAGGACCAGCCCAAGGCAGUGUUUGUCCUGACCUCGGUGCUGAAGGGACAGGCCAUGACUAUCAUCAGAGACAUCAUCACAGCCAGCCAGUUCCAGUACUGUGUGGUGGUGUGCACGGUCAACCACUUCACACACCAGACUGUACACGGGGCACAGGAGAGCGACAGCAGGGAGGUGUUUGAUCAGUUUGAGGAGAAGAUGUGUGAGUGGAUGGGGAACAUGAACUACACAGCAGAGGUGUUGUACGAGCCUGUAAGUUUUGCCCCCAUCUGUCCUGGCCUGUUCACCACACCAGCCUACUCCUCCAUGUUCCCCCUCACACCCUCAGACAUGGACAGUAUCAGGCAGAUGAGAAUAGCAAGGGGAGAAGCUGUUGGGGAGGACUCUAUGAAGAUUGAUCUCAGCCAUCUGUCUACAGACCUGCAGAUCUGGAUCAAGAUGCUUGCCUCCAACAUCAGCAGCCUGUUUGAAGGGUUGAAUGUAAGAGAAGACUGUUAUGCUGUUGGCCCCUUCAGCAGGGUCAUCGCUUCUGAGCUGGCAAAUCUCAACUCUGCCAAGAACAGGAGAAAAACGGCAGCCAACAAAGCAUCCAUCCUGUUUGUGGACAGAAGUCUGGACAUGGUGGGCCCGUGCGGUCAUCAGACAGACUCGCUGGCGGACAAGGUCAUUAAGUUGUUACCACGAUUGCAGGGUCACACCGUGGAUGUGUCCAUCAACAUGACCAGUCUACUGUCUAAGGGAGCCCAGCUGUACCCCCAGCUGAUCUGCCCAGGCACACUGAGCCAUGCAGACUCUGGUUCACAGGCUCUACUCAGCUCCUUUGUCACUCUUAAACAAAAGGAAUGCCUGAUGGAUGUAAACAGGCACCUGGUGGACGUGGCCACUCAAGAGAAGCUGCUGGUCAGCCUGCCCACCAAACCUGGCCGGCUGGGGGCACAGCAGCUGGAGGGACAUCUCAAACUAUUCAGGGAACCUGACAGCACCAGAGCCUUUGUACAGCAUGCAGGAGUACUUCAGCUGGCCAUGGCUGCUGUACAGACCCUGAACCACCCCCACUACCCUCACACCGAGGAGUUACUCAGUCUGGAGAAGACUCUGAUGCAGAGCGCUGGAGACCAGGGCUGUCCCACAGCACUACAUCAGCUUACUCAGCUGUUACAGGAGAGAGAAGAGUCUAAGGGUCGAGGUGACCGGUCCAGAAGACAGAGGUGUAGUGUGGAGGAUGUGCUGGCCCUGCUGGUGUUUGUGUACUCACUGUUGGGGGAGGAACAUGUGGGAACAGCAGAGGAGGAAGGCAGGCUGAGGGACUACCUGGUCAACCCUUCUGAUGAGGAAGAGCUGAAGGAAACAAUGAUACAUGCCAUCCUGUCAUCACAAGCACAGCUGUCACCAGAGUUACAAUCAUUAGUUGGUGAGAGCACCACAGAAGAUAGAAUACGAAGUGUCAUCAAUGAUGUGUUUAUCAAGCUGAAGGGGCUUGGUAGGGCCAGGGCUGCACUCCAGCAGUUCGGGUCUGUGUUCACCCCUGGCAGUGUGACCCAAGUGGCAUCCUACCGGCCCUUGGUGAGACAGCUGAUGGAACAGAUCUUCCACCCGGACAAGCCUGACAUUCCAGACAUAGAACACCUGUCCUCAGGUCUCACCGACCUGCUCAAGAGUGGCUUCAGGAUGUUCAUGAGUGUGUCAAAGCCCCGCCCCAGUGACCACGCCCUGCUGAUGGUGUAUGUAGUGGGCGGGGUCACGUGUCAGGAGGUCCGACUCAUCAGGGAGGCGGUGGCAGCUGCCAAGACUGAGACGGAGGUUGUUGUUGGCAGUACCAGACUGCUGAAGCCCUCGGAUGUGGUUCACCAAGUCCUGUGUCAGAACAACCUGUUCCCAGACCUGGGGCUGUAAUGACUGUAGCCAUCAACAAGUUUUUCAAAUCAUGAGAGAUGUAGGAAAACUAUAAGAGAGUAUUGUCCUUGAACAUGCUUCAUAUCACACCUUUCUCUGGUACUUUAGUCAUCAGUAAUAGAGUAUUAUGUAUGAUACAUGUGUAUAAACCGGGGAUUACCAGUAUUAUGUACUUUGGAUUUAUGGUAUUUAUGCAUAUAUUAUUAAGGACUUCUCAAACCAUGACCAGCAUGAAAGAUGUUAGAUGUGAAUAUUACAUGAUUAAUUGACAGAUUUAUCAUUGUGUAUCUUAUGGAUAUUGUCUGUGGAAAUAACAAAUUAUCUUUGCCAUCCAACCCUUUCAUCCUUUAAAGUCAUAUUUUUAAUAUUGAGGUACAGAAAAGCGUUGAAUUUCUAAUUCUUUAUACCAGUACCUUCAUUUAGUAUCUUCAAGUUGUUUUCAGAUGAUGACUUACAACAUUUAGGGUACCGUAAUAAAACAACUUUCUGAAGUAAGCCUAACAGUAUCCUGCACAACGGAAACCAGACGUUAAACCAUGCCAUAAUGAAGCUAGGUACAUGUAUGCUCACCUGCCUUCUCCAAAGGUUACCAGUCAUCUAAGGUUUGUGCAGCACCCCUAAGCUUGUAAUGAUAUGCUGCAGAUAGGAACAAUAGCCUAUCACAAGCUUCUGGCAGCUUCUUUGGGAAUUUGGGCCCAUUUCUCGCAGGCUGUUAGCCUAGAGUCCAAGUGUUGUUGUGCUUUUAGAGUGACUUAAAGCACAACAAGGCUGCUAUCCAGGCUAGCAUGUUAUUGUACAUUGUAAAGAGUGACUGAGUGCAAGAACUGUGCCAUUAAGUCAACACAAUUACUAUACCUGGACACUUGAAUUCAGUACCCCUUCAGGGGGCUGAAAACUAAGGUAUCAGUAUUGAAGCAUCAGCUGUAAAAGGCUUUGUGUGGUUUUGUUAUAAUAAGAAAACAGUGUGUCUAAAAGAACAUAAAGAAACCUAACUACAUUUCCCAACAAUGCCAUCGUAAUCUGUACAGUACAGUGAACUGUCCUAUGUACGGGUAACUUCUAACCUGACAGAUGUGUGAGGUAUACUAUACCUAACAGUUGUAUGGUAGUGUAAAUUACUUAAAACAUUGUGACAACAAUAAAACAGCAUUAGGCAUAUUAUGUAUGUCAUUUAUCAUUAA